GCGGUGACGCGGUUACGGAGGGAGGUGUAUGAGUGGCUGAGAAGGGCGUUUUUAAGUGGGACUCAGGGGUUGGCGAUGGCGAGAGGGAUGUCGUUGUUUGACACGUGCUACGACAUGUCGUCGAUGGGCAGUGUGGAGGUUCCGACGGUGUCGUUUCAUUUUGAAGGUGGGAUGGUCUUGACCUUGGAUGCUAACACUUACCUGAUACCGGUUGACUCCGUUGGCACCUUCUGCUUUGCGUUCGCUCCCACGAACUCGCCCCUGUCCAUCAUUGGGAAUGUUCAGCAGCAGGGGACACGUGUCAGUUUCGAUCUCGCUAAUUCCCUCGUUGGCUUCUCUGCUAACAGUUGCUGAUGAGUGAUGAGUCAUCAACCGAUGAUUUUUUUAUUUUAGAUUAUUAAUUUAACUAAUAUAUGCUAUUCGAGAACAUGAUAAAUUUAUUAUUAUGGAAUAAUUU